AAAUAAUUUCAUAGUAUGAAAUUAAAAAAUUAAUUUGUUAAUAUUAAAAAAUAAAUUAAUAUUAAUAAUCAUAAAUAAUAAUGGCUUCUGAAAGUCAAAGUGAAAAUACAGUUUAUAUGGUUCAAUCAUCGGAUAAUAAAAUACGCAGAGCUAAAAGAUCGACCUUAGACCGAUGGGUUACAAUAAAAGAAAUGUUUGAAAUAGGAAUAGAUAGUGAUUCAGAGACUCCUGUUUAUUUACCAGGCAUUACAUCCCAAAUGCUUGAUUUAAUUCUCGAGUGGGAUCAGAAGUAUAGAAUUUUAGGAGACGAAUUACCAAUUAGAGAAAAUAAUGGACUUGAGUAUUUUGAUCUUAAUCAAAAUCAAUUUGAAUUCUUUCAGACAGUGGAAGCAAAGGGUAAAAUAUGGAUUUUUGAACUAGUCAAAGCCGCAAAUUAUCUCCAAAUACCGGAUUUAUUUCGUGCAGUAUGCCGCUAUUUAGCUAUGAAAAUAAAAGAGCUUAAAACUGCAGUUAAUGUUCAAGAAUAUUUUGGGAUUCCCAGGCAUGAAAUAGAUCCCGAAGUUCGACGUUUGUCGAUAAAAACAAAUAAUAAGUGGUGUGAAAAUCUAUAGAAUCAAGGAUCCAAGUAAUAAUUUCGCAUGUCAACAAUAUAAAAAAUAAAUUCCUAAUUUUUAUACUCAAAAUUCAAAAUUUUGUUUAUUAUUUGGCAUAAAAGUAAUGACUUUUUGACAAUUAAAUUUUUUGUAACUCUGACAAUAAAUUGUAACUUUAAGCUCAUUAGCUUCCUAAUAAAAUUU